GGACUGCAGCAGCGUUGCAGCGGGCAUAUCGGAGCCGUAAAUCACCACAGUGUGCCGAGCGGAGCUCAGCCCCAGGCUGAGCCGAGGGGCGGAGGAGCGAGAUGCCUCUCGGUGAACUGCCGCUUCCCAAUAAAUCCUGCUCUGCGCGGGACUUGGAGCAUAUGGAGGGGUUUGAAAGGCGGAUGCCGUGAGUUCAUCUGACUGAAACAGACCCUCUGGAACUCAGUCACGAUAACUUUUACCUCCCCGCUGGCUCUUUGAAGGAAUUUGGAGUGUGAAAUUGUAGCAUUGAUGUACUCCCUUUCUUUUCCUGAGUGUUUGCUGCUGUCUGGGGUGGAGAGAGAAGGGCUCGGCGGUGACGAGGGUGCUGACGCCAUGAAAGAAUAUGGACUUUACACAGUAAAAAGCUGGAAAGUGCAGCAGUGGACACAAGUAGCUAUGAAACACGAUGCCCAAAGCUCCAACUCUCUGGACCGACUGGGGGGGGUGAGGGGAGAAUGCAGAUGACGCAUUUGAUUUUUAAAAAAGUGGGUAGUGUUGACAGAAACUCUAUCUUGAUUAAGGGCGGUAGGAAAGCAUUCGAUUCCCACUGUGUCUUGAGCUUGGUUACAGUUGGUUUUGGCUCUGAUUCUUCUGUUUGCCUUCUUUGGGUCCUACCCUGACUUCUUCCCAGUCGUGUUGCCGAUGCUUUUACUGACAUUCUUCCCCUGAACUCUUGCAAUUCUGUGCCGGGGAGCCGAGAGCUUCUCGGUGCAGCCGUCGGUGAGAGGACUGCUGAUUUGCUCUUGAACAUUUUCUUAUUUACGAAGUGUACUCCUGGGUUGAACGAUGUGUGGUCUGCCCAGACAGAUGGUUUAGAUCUGAGACUUUGUAGAUUAAGGAUAUGCUGCUUUAGAGUUGAUUGGCCUCAUAAAAGCAAAGUUCAGGUGAUUUCCUUCGGGAGCGUUUCGUAACACAUCCUCAUGGGCUUUGCCUUGCAGCUGUGCGAGGCAGCAUGAAAGCAUGAAGACACCUUUGCGAAAAGGUUUUGUUAUGAUUUAAGGGUUUAUAACUUUGUUGCUGGCUUUAUUCCUUUUGGGUUGAGUUUAAUAUCACCUGUUGACACAGGGACUCCUCCUGCUGUCAGUGCUCCACUAAUUAAGUGCAGGGACUGUUCUUGACGUGGUCACACUCCUUGGUUUGUUUAUAGCCUGGCCAGCCUCGGGGUAGCGCCGUGGAAUGCAGCAAGGGCCCUAUGCUGCCCUUCUUGCUUUUGGCCAGUAACAACACUCUGUGGAUCUCUUCUCCUGCUUUGAAAAAUCAAUUUACUCUAUAGAAGAGCACGUUUGAGUCAUUUGCUCUUGUUUGUAGCCCUUCAGAGGGAGGAAGAGUGCUCUGGAGUCAACCUCAUCAGGCUCUUGCUUCAUAAACCUGUGCCCUGGUGAGGGACUGCAGCGGCACAAGCGGAGGGCUCGUGGGGACAGCGUGGCGGUGAAGAUGUCUCACCCAGAAUCUCGCUAUUCCUUCGACGUCCCAAACCCUUGCAUCGACUUUGCGACUCUGAACGAUGACGACGGGCCCAAUGCAGACUCCUGGUUUGACCAAAAAGCCAAUCUGGAGAAUGUCCCUCCUGCCGAAAAUCUGGCAAAGGUCUCGCAGAACAGCCCCACUUUUUCAAAGCCUGAUAUUAUUCUGUCUUCUGUCACGUCAGAAGAAAUAACGAGUGAAAGCCAUGGUGAAAAGGAUGGUGGAGCAGAACUGCAAGCCAGUGCAGUUCCUCAGAAUAUUGUUGGAUCCCUGACGACCUGGAGAGCAGCUGCUCCUGCAGAGGCUUCUCAGAGGAUGGGCAGGAGACAGGCUACAAUGCAGAGAAAAACCCAGCAACGCAAACAGCCAGCUAGAAUCAAGGCAGAGAGAAAUUCUAAUGCCUUGGUUAACAAGGAAGAGGUUCCACCCCUGAAAAAAAUGAGAAUUUCUGGCAACAGAGAGAAGCCGACAGAAGUAGCCACGAAGAGUGAGCCCCUCCAGAAUCCCAACUUCUCCCCAGCGAGAGGGAAAAGCAAGCUGACCAUGCCCUCCACGCCAACAAUGUUAAAGAGGACCAAUCUUUCCAGCAAGCUGAAGAGUACAGAGGAGCAAGAGCUGGAAAAGAUGCAGCAGUUGCAGCGGGAGGUCAUGGAGCUGCGGAGGAAGAACGAGGAGUCUCUGAAAGCAGCUAUUGCUGGUGCAGGACAACCCAUGAAGAGAACUACUGGUCAGGUAACAAAGCCAGUUGACUUCCACUUCUGCACAGAGGAUAGAAUUAAACAACAUGCAGAAAGCCAGUCUGGGAAUGAGUACAAGGAAGUGGAUUUUGCAGCAGUACUGAGGAAGCAUCCUCCUUCUCCGGUGCGCCUGCCGAAGGGACCCACUGUCCCCAAACCCUUCAAUCUGUCCCAGGGAAACAAAAGAAAACUCGAAGAAACCACAUCGGAUUAUGUGUCCCUUGCUGAGCAGGUAGAAGCAUUCCAAAAACGCACACCCUCUCGUUACCAUUUGAGGAGCAGGAAAUCGGAGGAAGGCCCAGUUCCAGGAAAGUUGGUGAAGGCUCGGCUUACAAACCCUAAAACACCAGUGCUGCUAACAAAGCAGCGCUUCAGACCUACCACCUGCAAAACUACAGCUGAGUUAGAAGCAGAGGAAAUUGAGAAAAUUCAACAGUACAAGUUCAAAGCACGAGAACUUGAUCGCAAAAUCUUUGAGGGUGGACCCCUCCUGCCCAAGAAAAUCCCUGUGAAGGAACUCACGCAACCCGUUGGCUUUGAGUUGGAAGUAGAAAAAAGGAUUCAGGAGCGCGAGAGUAAGAAGCAGCAGGAGGAAGAGCACUUUGAAUUCCAUUCCAGGCCGUGUCCGACAAAAAUCCUGGAGGAUGUUGUGGGCGUUCCGGAGAAGAAGGUGCUUCCUGUUACAGUCCCCAAGUCUCCAGUCUUCACCUUAAAAAGCAGAACCCGAACGUCUGGCAGAGAUGAGGAAAAGGAAAAAGAGGUGGUUCCUGUGAUCAAAGCGAACCCUAUGCCACAUUACGGAGUGCCCUUCAAACCUAAAAUGCCGGAGCAGAGGCAUGUGGAAGUUUGCCCUUUCUCUUUUGAUGCCCGUGACAAAGAGCGGCAAAUGCAAAAAGAGAAAAAAAUAGAGGAAUUGCAGAAGGAGGAGGUGCCGAAGUUCAAAGCGCUACCUCUGCCUUACUUUGACUGCGUUAACCUGCCAGAAAAGAAGGUGAAAAACCCAACUCAGCCUGAACCAUUCAAUCUGCAGGUUGAUGAACGGGGAGCUGCCAAGCUCCAGAGCUGGAAACAGCAGCUUCAAGAAGACUUGAAAAGACAGAAAGAGGCAGCGUGUUUUAAAGCGCGUCCCAACACAGUCGUCUACCAGGAGCCUUUUGUGCCUAAAAAGGAAAAUAAGCUGUUAUCAGAGAGCCUUUCUGGUUCUGUAGUUCCUGAAAGCUUUGAGCUGGCGACAGAAAAAAGAGCUAAAGAGCGGCGAAAGUUUGAAAGACGAUUGGCGAAUAUGGAAGUUCUAAAGGAGAAGUGUCAGGAGCACCUCAGACGGCGACUAGAGGAGUAUGAAAAGCAAAAAAUUGCGAAGCUCAGACAAGAAAUGGUUCACAAGGCAAACCCAAUACGCAAAUACCGCAACGUAGAAGUGAAGCCCAGCGAUCAGCCGCUGACCAUGCCCAAGUCUCCCAACUUCUCGGAUAGAUUCCGGUGCUGAAACGCAUCCACGUGAUAGUAGGAGGGGGAGAUCCAAUCCCUCUCUGCUCUCCUUGUAGGCAGAGAGGAAACAGGUUUGUGUUUUUAAGUGACUGCUCAGCCUCAACUCCUACACUUGGUCCCAUUAUUGUUACAUUGAGUAGUUUAACUCUACCAGAGGCGGGUGGCUGGGGCGCCAUGUCCAGGCGGUGCUGUACAGCCUCCAUGGCCUUGCUUCCCAUCUAGAUAUCUUCUUCUCUAAAGACUUAAACCAGGCUGUGAUAUUGUUUACAAACAUUGUGUACCUGAACUCAAUAAAAAUUCCU